UGCAUUUUGCAGAUUUGUCAAAAAGCUGGUGAAGAGAAGGGUGUAUAGUAGUGGUUUUUAAUAUAAUUUAGUGUAUAUCUUAAUUUUAUGUUUGUUAGGGGAUAAUGAUAAUGCAAGAUGAUGUCUGAUCAGUUUAGAAAGGUGGAACCAUACUCGCCAAAGUCCUCGCCGAGGGGCGGUAGGUCGCCCGUGGUCUCUCGGCAGGAUUCCUCUGGCACCCUCAAGACUACCAUUCAGCUCGGCAAAAAUCCUUCUAUCGUACACAGUGGACCUUUUUAUUUGAUGAAAGAACCUCCUGGAGAAUGUGAACUCACUGGAGCUACAAACCUAAUGGCAUAUUAUGGUCUUGAGCAUUCAUAUAGUAAAUUUAAUGGAAAGAAGCUCAAAGAAUCUUUAUCCUCCUUUUUACCAAAUCUACCAGGCAUUGUGGAUGGGCCGGGGCAAGAAGACAACAGUACCCUGGGCUCGGUAAUAGCCAAGAGGCCUAUAGGUGGCAAGGAGCUGUUGCCGCUCACUAGUGCACAGUUGGCAGGAUUCCGCUUGCAUCCUGGGCCUUUGCCUGAACAGUACCGCUAUGUUAGCUCCACUCCACCAAAGAGGCAUAAGAGCAAACACAAGAAACAUAAACAUAAGGAUGGGGCGCCGCCUGGUCAAGAUACUCCAUUGCAAGACUCCUCCAACCCAGACACAUACGAAAAGAAGCACAAAAAGCAGAAGCGUCACGACGACGACGCCAAGGAACGCAAGAAGAGGAAAAAGGAGAAGAAACGGAAAAAGCAGAAACACAGCCCUGAGCACGGCAACCUCACGCCCAGCCAACAUGCCACAUAGGCCGGUCCAAGCAUAAUAUGGAAAUGUUUUUAGGUCUGAUAUUUUAUACAGUAAUUGCCAUCCCACGAAAUUUUAAAUUGGGAUUCUGAAUUUAUAUGGUUACUAAAUAAAUUCUUAGGUUUUACAAAUAUUGUAUAGAGCAGUGUUUUUCAUAUUUUUUCAUGGCACACCCAUUGCUCUUAACUGUUUGUAAGGUUUUUUUUUCUUUCAACAAUAUUCAUAAUCUGAAUUUGAAAUGAUAUAUUACAUGAAUUUAUUUAGUAAUUAUGGAAGUUCCCAAUCAAUUCAAGAUUGCGUGGGAUAAUCCAAAGUGGUAACAGAGGAUGAAGUAUGUGCACUAUUAGGAUUUAGGAUCAAAAAAUAUAGACAUCAAAUGCACUGACUUUUGCCCUUUGUAAAAGUCUAUAAUAUGUAUACAUAUUUAUGCACUCGACUGUACAUACAUCCACACACAUAAUUUGGUAUAACAGCAUUUACACCUGACAAAAAAAUAUAUUUACAAAGGCAGAAUCUAUAAAAUUUAUAAGUAUCGUAAUCACUAAAAUUCCAAAAGAAACAAGGAAAAUAUGACGAUUUUUGUCUCUAACAUAAUAUUGUUAUAUGCUGCCAAAUUUAAACAUAGUAAAAUGCAUAAUUAUGCCUUGUCAUUUGAUUGAUGCAGCUAUUUUCUUAUGAAUAAAGCAUCCCCAAAAUAUUGGUUCCAUUUAAUUUGAUUCACAAAAGAUUGUCCAAGGAAGACGGAGCAGGAAUUAAUAUCCUUAGCCUAUAAAAAUUUAUAAAAUAGGUAGUCAUGUGGAAUGUACUAAUCUAAAGUUCUUGAGUUUAUAGAUGCUAAAAUUAUGAUUUUUAAAUGAAUAAUUCUGUACUGCUUAUAUGGACUACUUGCCACAUGAUGACUGGUGUUGCUCAGGUUUUACUAGAGAUGAACCACAGGACCCACAACACAACAUAAAUAUACUAGCCACAUUGAUAGGUAAUUUUUUAAGUAAAUACAUGUUUUA